AUGGGAGGUAAUGUUAAUGAUAUGUCGGAUUUCAUACAACUACCAACGAUUGAGUUACCAAAUUUCGAUGGAAAUCUUGUAGAAUGGUGUUCUUUUCGAGACACUUUCUUAUCAUUGGUACAUACUAAUCCAAAGAUCGGAAAGUUAAAACGAUUUCACUAUUUGUUAAUGUGUGUGUCUGGGUCAGCACGUACAAUUGUUAAGUCUAUACCCCUCUCAGAAGCCAACUAUGACAUAGCUUGGGGAGCCAUGAUCGAACGUUAUGACAAUCAACGUCUCCUUGCCACGGCUCAUUUAGAUAAGUUAUUUGCUUUUCGUCCGAUCACUACGGAGUCACUACCGUCGCUCUUAACGUUCGUCAACGUCUUUCAAGAAAACAUUGCAGCAAUCAAAGCGUUGGGGGUAACAGAUCUGGCGGGAUUCAUUUUGUUUUUUAUCGGUUCGCGGGUGCUUGACCCCGCCACGCGUCGCCUUUUUGAAAACAGUGUCACACAUGAUUCGAUUCCUACGUUUGACCUGUUAAUUAAGUUCGUACAACAACGGUGUAAGAUAUUAGAAGACACUCAAGGUCUAUUCAAGGUCGACACUCGCACUAACAAAACUAAGCCCACGUCUUGUGCUCGAUCGUUGUUGUCUACAGGAACAACCAGUAGUUCGCCGUCCGUGAAAUCAUCUCACAACGUAGGCUCGGCUUCNUAUUUUUAUAUCGGUACGUUUUAA